AUGGGCUCAAGUCAUAAUGAAAAGGUGAUAGGGGCAAAUGGUGAAGAAAUUAUUUCGAAAGGAAAAGGAAUUUAUGUUCACCUGAAUCAAGCGCUCUAUCUAUCGAAUUUAACCGUCCCACGAAUUAUAGACUCUGGACAAAAGGCCAAAUUAUUCUGCAGCUAUGAAAUGGGUAAUCGAACGUUGAAUUCCGUCAAAUGGUACAAGGAUGGUCAGGAAUUUUUUAGAUAUUCACCCCUUACACCGCCCACAACAAACAGAUUUCCCGUUCAGGGUGUAACGAUAGCAGAUGGGUCUUACGUUUGCAAUCAAUUUAUCUGCAAUGUUGAACUAGAAAAGCUCAAUUUAUUUUCAUCGGGGGCAUAUCGAUGUGAGGUAUCGGGAGAUGCACCUGAAUUUAAACUCAUUGAUAAAACCGCAAAUAUGUCAGUUGGAGUUCUUCCAAAAUUUGACCCUUACAUCAGUGGAAUAACACAUCCAUACAAGUAUGGUGAUUUUUUGGUGGCUAACUGCAGUUCCGAAUGGUCAAGUCCCCAGGCGACACUAACGUGGUACAUCAAUAACAAAACGGCACCUGCCGUCACAUUGGCACCACACCAACACGAGAUAACAAGGAAUGCCGAAGGAUUUAUCCUUUACUCAAGCAAUUUACAGAUUCGCAUCCAUAUAGCUGAUCCACGUUUCAUCUCGAAUACGGAACUAUUGGAGUUGAAGUGUGUAGCCGAUAUAAUGGGCAUUCCUUCGCUAAAACGUGAAACUGUUGUUCGAGCCACAAUCCUAGCGCUUAAGGACGCCGGCCUCAAUCAGAGAUUGGUGGAAAAUCACUCAGGUCAUGUACAGCCGAUGCUGAGUCUCAUUGUCACGUUCUUAAUUAUUUUCUACGGUAUGUUCUCAUUUAAUGAAAGAACUUUUCUCGAUGCAACCUGCAGAUAGCUCCUUUUGGCCAAUGUCAUAAUCACUGUGUAGUGCGAUGGCAAUAAGCGAGGACGAGACAACACAUUCAAGGGGAAUAUUACAGCAGAUGCAUGCCGCAAUAUUAUCUCGGAAAAUAGUAAAGAGCAUCAAACUAAAAGGACACUCUAUACAUAUGCAUUGCAUAUACAUGUGUAUAAACUAAUGAAUAAGGAUUCUAUGUAUAUUUAUUUUUCUAAUUAUAAAAUGACUUAGUUAUUAAAAAAAUAUAAAAAAUUGAAGUUAUAAGUGAACAAGCCGAAGGAAUAAAUGU